UGUCAUUUUAAAGCUACAGGGAGAGUUUUGUUGUUGAUUUGGCAUUUUAGUUUUUAGUUUUGUAUUCAGUUGACAGUUCCAAGUUCCAGUAGUUGGCUUUCUGCAAUUUGCUUUCUUCUACUCUUACUUUCAAGUUUUAAGUCAGUAGUUUUCCUCCCAGUUUGUUGGAAAGUUUGACCUACCUAAUCAAGCAAUAUUGUUUUAUAAUGGAUUCUAGCAAAGAAGUUCAAGGUUUUUUGGACGAAGAAAUCUUGGGAAACUUUCGAAAAGAAUUUUAUGCGGACCAAAAGAAUCUCCUAGCCCAGAAUGUUUGCUCUAAAAUAGAUCCCUUUGAAGCUGCCCUUCGCAGAAAAACCCUUGAAGAAACACACCACGUUUUCAACCAUAAGAUUGAAGCCGAAGGUAAACCAGUAACAAACCAACGAAGUUCUGGACGCUGUUGGUUGUUCGCCGCAUUAAAUGUCAUCCGUUUACCAUUCAUCAAACACCACAACAUAGAAGAUUUUGAAUUUUCUCAAGCCUAUCUCUUCUUUUGGGACAAAAUAGAAAGAUGUAAUAAUUUCCUUCUCAAUAUUGUAGAAACGGCUAGAAGAAAUGAGGCAGUUGACGGAAGAUUGGUGUCAUUUUUAUUACAUGACCCAACUUCUGAUGGUGGUCAAUGGGAUAUGUUGGUAAAUCUUAUCAACAAACAUGGCCUUAUGCCAAAAAAGAAUUUUCCUGAAUCUUUCAGCUGUGAACAAAGUGUUAAGAUGAACCAAAUCCUGAAGAGUAAGCUCAGGGAGUAUGCUAGGGCUAUUAGAGAAUUGAUUUCAAAAGGUGGAAGUGACGCAGAUAUACAUACCCUAAUCCAGUCCCAAAUGGUCAAUAUAUACAGGGUAGUAGGAAUCUGCUUGGGAAUCCCCAGCGAAACAUUCACCUGGACGUAUUACGACAAGAACAAGGCUUUCCAGAGCAUAGGUCCAAUCACUCCAAAAGAAUUCUACGAGAAGCAUGUUAAACCGCAUUUCAACGUUGAUGAUAAGGUCUGCCUUGUAACUGAUCCUAGGCCAACAAACGAAUACGGAAAAGUCUAUACUGUAGAUUGCUUAGGUAACAUGGCUGGAGGUAGAAAGUGCAUCUAUAACAACCAACCAGUAGAGCUGCUGUUGGAUCUUACCGCUAAAAGUAUCAAAGAAGGGGAAGCUGUUUGGUUUGGAUGCGAGGUAUCCAAGAGAUACGUUGCCAAGCAGGGCAUUCAGGAUUUGAAAGCACAUGAUUUCCCGUUAGUUUUUGGAGUUGACAUUCAAGUCGAUCUGUCAAAAGCUGAUCGAUUGUUAUAUAAUGAAAGUGCAAUGACCCAUGCUAUGGUUUUCACUGCUGUUAGUACAAAUGAAGCCGGGGAAGUAACUAAACUCAGAGUCGAGAACUCUUGGGGUGAGGACAGGGGAGAGAAGGGAUACUUAAUCAUGACUUCUGACUGGUUCAAAGAGUUCACUUUUGAAGUAGUAGUUGACAAAAAAUUCGUGCCUGAACAGGUGUUGGACGUGUUCAAACAAGAACCUAUAGUUUUACCUGCUUGGGACCCCAUGGGCACUCUAGCCCACUGAUAGCUGUAAUAUUUUACAAAUUAUGAUGUAUUGAUUAUUUGGAUGCCCUCAUUUAUAUUAUAUUUUUUACUUUAGAUAAUAACCUGAGGUCGGUGUUGUCUCAGUUACCAUUUUUUCUUUAUUAUGUAUUUUUGAAGUUGUAAAUAAUUAACAAGACUGUUUAAUAUCAUUUUUACGUAGUGUACUUAACCUGUUUGCAGAUUAAUAGCUUUUUUACCUGGUUUGAUAACGAUUUGUGUGGAAUCUUGCCGAUAAACAUUGUGGUAAAAUGUAUAAGAAAGGAGCUUCAAAUAUAGUGUCUAUUGCAACAUGUUUUAGAAGGUUUGAGGAUAGGGAGACAAAAUAACUAAUCAGCAUUUCACAUUAAGAAUAGAACAUUACGGAGAUAGCCUCAUGUAUUUCUUAUAAACGAUAGAAGCGCGCUGAUGCCAUGCCGUACUCGAUAGAAUGAAUCGCAUAUCGGCAGUCGAGUAGUCACCCAUGCCCGAGAGGUUUGGCAACACUGAUCUUCAUAAGCGCAAUGUUCUAUUCUUAACGUGGAACACUGUAUAGGUAGAUUUGAUUACAGAUUAAAUUAUAUACUAUAUUAGUAAAUAAAAUAUAAUACAUUAAGAGCACACAGUAGCGAUCAACAGGUAGCAACAAACGCGGUCCAAGAUUGCGAAAGCUCUGCGAACUUUCAAAAGUGAGGCAACAGUGCGUCGGUAAUUCGACACUGACAGUGACGUUUAUACACUGCGCGUCAUAGAAAACGGUCACCCCAAAAAAUGGGUCAUUUUUAAUGUCUAGUAUCUCCUAAACCUGUUGUCCGAUUUACGUAAUUUUUUUAAUCUGUUAUAGCCAUAUUCCUUAACAAUAUCGCUGUAAUAAUAUUGUUGCUAAUGAGGUAAAUUUUCAUUGUAUACCGGGUGUACGAAUCAAACUGUGUUUUUUUCUCAAAGUUCGCAACACCCUGUGGAAUAUUCUAGCAUUUAUCAAAUAGUGAAAUUAAAACCCAACUAAAGCCUCAGGUUUUCUUAACAUUUUGUUUUUUGGUUCAUUCGCUUAUGUUGGAUAAUACAAAAGUUAGGUACUUGAACAACUAGCCAUGUUCUUCAUCGGUACAGAGUGUUUCUAAAUAAGUGCGACAAACUUUAAGAAGUAAUUCUGCAUUAAAAAAUAAUGACAGUUUGCAUUAUAAUCGUAUGUUCGCGCAAAUGCUUCUUUUUCGAGAUACGAGAUGUUGAAUUCUUUCUUACAAACUGGCGAUUUAUUUAUUGCUUGAAAACUGGUUGAGAUAAGCAAAUGAAAUUUGGUGGGUUUUAAGACGUAGUUAUUGCACAUUUUUUGACAUACAAUUAAGUAUUUUAUAUUCAUCAUUGGCGUGCAUACGGGUAAUAUGAUCGGUCAUAUUAACCGUAUGCGCGCCAAUGGUGAAUAUAAAAUUUUUAAUUGAAUGUUAAAAAAUGCGCAAUAACUAUCUCUUAAAUAAAUCGGUCAGAUUCUAUGAACAAAUUCAACAUCCCGUAUCUCGGAAACGACGCAUUUGCGGGCAUAUGUUUAUAAAGCGAACAGUCAUUAUUUUUUGAUACAGAAUUACCAAUUAAAGUUUGUCGCACUUAUUUAGAAACACCCUGUACUGACGAAAAACAUGGCUAGUUGUUAAAGUGCCUAACUUUUGUAUUAUCCAACAUAAGCAAAUGAAUCAAAAAACGGAAUGCUAAGAAAACCUGAGGCUAUAGUUGGGUCUUAAUUUCAGUAAUUUAUAAAUACUAGAAUAUUCCACAGGGUGUUGCGAACUUUGAGAAAAAAACACAGUUUGAUUCGUACACUCGGUAUACAAUGAAAAUUUACCUGUUUAGGAACAAUAUUAUUACAGCGAUAUUGUUAAGGAAUAUGGCUAUAACAUAUUAAAUAAAUACGUAAAUCGGACAACAGGUUUAGGAGAUACUAGACAUUAAAAAUGAGCAAUUUUUUGGGGUGUCCGUUUUCUAUGACGCGCAGUGUACUAUCAAAAACAAUAAUUUUUAUACACAUAGGCGCGAAAUGUUGCCAAGUCAGUGACGUUCGAUUUCUUGUUAUAAAAAAAUCGAUUUUUAGUAGUUCCAAUGUGACACAAAUUCUAGGCACGGGAUAAAAAAGUUUAUUUGAAGAAAGUGUAUUUUUUUGUCUUUCUUAAUGGCGGUACUUUUUUCAAUAUUUUAUUUAGUUAUAGAGUAAUUUCCACAUACUAACAUAUUUCUGAAAUUGGGCUCUGUACCGCCAUUCUUUAUUAUAUUACGAAUAUGUGUGCCAAAUAUCUCGACAAAGUAUUCAAAAUUAGAGCCGCAAUCUUGGAACGCGUUUGUUGCUACCUGUUGAUCGCUACUGUUUGCUUUUAAACGGUAUAUAAUAUGAAGGCAACAUGAAAAGUUCUUGCUGUUAGCUUCGAUUAGCUCUGUCUCAGGUGUAGGUAAGUUUUAUCUUAAUGUAAAUUGUACAAUGAGAAAUUUAGCAGGGACAAAUGAAAGAUAAUACUAAAGAGUUAUAUUUAUUAAAUGUAAGGAAACCAAAUAAAUGUAAAAAUAUACUUGUCUAAUACAGAGAUACUGUCACAUUUGUAGGAGAGGCUAAACGUAUUUUUUACAUUGAGAUAACUGUUGACUAGUGGAAACAGUAAUGAUGUCGGAUAUAGUGUUAGCAGCUAGAAAUGUAGCGUGCCACAUCGACAAUCGACUGUUUUUAACCUUCUUUAACUUCUACACUACUUUAUGUGUUCCUAGCUUAGUUUUUAAAGUAUCAUUAUAGUAUACUUUAGAAAAAUCGAUUUAUUAUCGGCGCCUUCUGACGAUUGGGAAGAUAGUAUGCAUUAUACAUAUUUUUAUAUGUUAGCAAAUAAUAUAAGAUCUGUAAAAGAACACAAUGAUUUGUAUAAUAGUGUUAUAAAGUAUAAUGAAGCUGAUUUUACAGCAAGGUAUAUGUAUAUACCAUUAUUUAUCUGAAUGACGAGAAAUGCAUUUUUAAUUAUUUUUAGAUAUCAACUAAAACUGUGCUGGUUCAAUAACUGGCAAUUCAAUUUCAUAACAUAACCCUACAAAGCUUACUAUGACAAUCUUCCUUAACAGACCAAACUCUGAUAAUGUGUCGACGGUUAAACUGCAAAACCUCGUAAGUCGAUUUUUGGUCCAUUACUACUUUUAUACUUUGUUGGUUUAUACUUUUACAUAUCUUUUAAUCUACGAAAGCUUGUAAGUAUUUAAUAUUUAAAUUUAAUGGUACUAGCGACAUCUACAAAAACCUCAUAAGUAAGAUUUUAAGUUACAAAACCUCGUAAACUGCAUUUUUAUGAGACAAAACCUCGUAAGUUUAAUGAUAGUUUUAAGAUUUUAAAUAACAAAACCUCGUAACUGUUUGACAAAAAAAAACAAUAUUACUGAAUUUUACUUAAUGGUAAUGGAAUCGUUACCUAAAACGAAACCUACACACACAAAACGAAUAAAUUGAAUCUUAAUAAAGGAGCCAAAAUGUUUUUCGUCUCUCCUCUAAAGUUACAUAAAACUGACUUACGAGGUUUUGCAGUUUAACCGUUGGUGUACUAAUACGAUGUUGCCACUUAUAUAUUGUCGGUUUGUAAACCAAUAGUGUUUUUUUAGAAUGGUACAACUCGUUUGAAAAAUAAUCAUUGAUCGUUUUUUAGAAUGGUGCAACUGGCCAUUAGCAAUGGCGAGAACAAUAUCAUUUACAUCAAUAUAUAUGAAUUUAAUUUUUAAAUCCCAUUUAAAGCAGAUUAUUAAAGUUAAAAAUAAAUUAACCAAAAUAUACAUACAUUCUAUAUUGUAUGAAGUUUGAAUGAAGCGUGGGCAUAGAGAUAUUAAGUAUAUUAACCCUUUCAGCUCCGCUUUAAUAUUUCCAACCUUAGCUCCUGUGUAUCGUCAGAAAUAAUUUCGUUUGAAUACUUACGUAUCAUGGACGCACUUACGCGUCCACUGCACUAAUCUAUAGUCAUAUUUGGACGCGCGUACGCGUCACCAGAGCUGAAAGGGUUAACACAAUUCAUUUAAAAGAAAAUAUUAAAGUAGUACUACAUAGUGCUGUCGCCAGGGCCUCCUUUAUUGAACGAAAAUUCUACUUUAAAUACCAAAAGACAUACUCCAACUUUAAUAAGGUUGAAGUGAAUAUUUCACAUUGACUAUCGAAAAUACCAACACAAACAAAUUUUGUAGCUAGUUUAUACUACAUGCAAGUUAGUAGAUGUGGUAUAAAUAAGGGGGUAUAUACAAAAAUAUUAUAUUGUACAACAAGAGAGAAAAAAGACAUAUUUCUCACGAGCAUAGAAGUUUGUUGGCACGAGCCGAGGCACGAUGCGAGUGCCGCAAAUCAAGCGAGAGAGAAAUGUGUCAUUUUCUCUCGUGUUGUACACUGUACUUUUUCUAUAGAUGCGUUUUUGUCAAGAGUUCAAACUUCAAAAUUAAAUAAUUUAGGUGCUUUUAGGUAUAUUAUAUGCCUAAAUUGAAAUAAAAAUACAUAUACAUAUACACGUAGGUAUUUAAUAUUCUUAAUAUUUAUAUACUUUAUUUAUUUAAAAUUAUAAUUCACAGAUGAACAGUCUUAAAAUGUAAUUUUUGAUAAGUUUUGACAAGUUUGAACACAUUUUAUUUGACAAAAAUAAUUGUGUUUGUAUUGUGCAUGUUACCAUGGAAAUGGCGAUCAUAUAUAUGUAAACCGGCGGUGAACCCGUGAGAAAAAAUAUUUCUCACUGCAUCCCCGACUUUUCUCACUGCCUGAGAAAUUGUUCAUUUUGAAUGUAUGUAAGUAGUGAGAGAAGUUGCACAUUGUAUAGCAUCCAUAGAAAAAUAAACAAGAAUUGAACUGAAAUAAUUGAAAAUUUAAAUUGAAGAAUCGACGUUAUUCAUUUUCUAUGAGAUGGAAGCAGUGUUAUGAUUAAGGUGCGAUAAUCGAAUAAGAGUGAAAAGUUGUUCUGUUGAUCAGUACAUGAAGUGCUCUUAAGAUAUGGUUACUGAUAUACAUAACAAAUUUUUAAAUGUUUUAAACGACUUUUGUCUCCCUUUCCCGAUUUAGACUCGCGUACCUGAAAAUUUUAAUUGUGCCAUAGACUUAAAAAUAAUUUUGCUGUUUUUCGUUGAAUUUAUUUAUGUUUACAAUAGUAGUACAAACAGUAAAGUCUGAUAGUUCUAGCUGUAAUUUUAGUCUCUAAUAGUAAUGCCUGUAGCAUUUUGAAUAGCAGUUUUGGCAAAGAAUACAGUCAGUUUUAAUGGUGUGUCCCAACAAUCAUGCAGGAAGUAAUUUUCUAGUGGUUAAAAUUGUACAAUUUACAAUUUUUUUUAUUAAUAAUGCUAUUAAGGGCAUGGGCGCAAAAUGUCGCCUGUCAAAAUGUUCAAUGUGUUUUAAAUGAACGUAUUCAUUUGUUUCGAAUCUUGAGAAAACUAAUAAAUGUUUUUGAAAAAUUUAAACCCAGAAUGAAAGAUUACAUUAUUACUGAGGGCCGAAAGUACCUAAAAACUUCUGUAAUGUUUAUUUUAAUAAGUUACAGGGGUGAAAAUAAAGAAGACAAUUUAGUGUGAUUUUUAAUUGCAAAUAUUUCAUUCAAAAGAAAGUUUUUAUUUAUUCUACGGGACUUUCGGCCCUCGGUAAUAACGUAAUUAACUUAAUAAACAUUAUGCGUUUAAAUUUUUUAAAAAUGCUUAUUAGUUUUCUCAGGAUCCGAAAAAAAAUGAAUACAUUUAAAACGCAUUGAACAUUUUGACAGGCGACAUUUUGCACCUUUCCCCUUGAUCUAGAAAUGAUUAUUGUUGCUAAUUAUGUAUUUUUUUCGAAAAAUUUGCCGCCGAUUAUACUAUAAUCCAUUCAACGAACUCUCUUUGGUGAAUUAGGUAUAAUGACCAUAAUAUGGAGACGGCAUAUCUUUUGUUGUGUAACAUUAUGCUAAGAUGGCGACCACAAAGCUCCGUCCUCAAAAUGGAUGGAGAUGGCCAGAUUAGUUGACAAAUCGAUGCCUCAGAAGCCAAUCGGUGUAAGUCAAUAAGUGUUUAAAAUGAGAUACUAACAUGUUUCUGACAAUAGUUGCAGAAGUAUAAGUGUAGUUAUUAAAAACAAAUAAACUGUCUUUAUUUAUCAUACUAUGGGUAACAUAUUCGUAAAUACAAACAAGGAAAUAAUAUUAUAUAUAAUAAUAAGUGAUAUAUCUCAAGUCAUUUUUAGGGAGAAUGUGACUUACACUAUUUGGCUUCUGAGGCAUACAAAUAUUGUUUUUCGUACGUAACUGUCAUUUGUCAAUUUUAUUGUUACAGUAGUUGUCAACAGCCAUUUGACGUCUUAACACUGAAGGGAACAGAAGACAUAUUUUUCCUUCUUAAUACCUUAUUCUGAGAAUACUUGCGAAUAUAAAAAAUAUUACUACAUGUAAAAAGUUACGACAUAGAAUUUGAUACAGAACACAAAUUUUUAAAGUGAAACUUCAGGUCGUACUCAAAUAACUUCUGUAAGGAUGAAGGUGAAAAUAUGCCUUAACGUCAUAAAGAGCUUCUGAAAAUGUUCAAUUCUUGACAAUCCUGGCCAAUUGAUGUUCCUGGAGGCAUAGAAAAGCACCGACGAACGUAUUAUUUGUAUUGAACGUAUUAAAUGUAUUGAACAUCUUAUAAAUAAAAAAACAGACCUUGUUGUAAUCAAGAUUGUUGAGAUAAAAUUAAUAUUUACAACAAUAGAACGAACAUGAUGAACGUCCUAAGAGAGAGAGAGAGAGAGAGAGAGAGAGAGAGAGAGAGAGAGAGAGAGAGAGAGAGAGAGAGAUGUACAACAUAGGUUACUGGUUGAAAAAUAUGUCUCUGAGACUCUUACCUGUAGUAUAGGGAUGUCUUAACACUAUUGGUUCAAAAAGCUUUUUCAAAUGCUACUAACAAUUUAUUGAUGAGAAAAUACAAAAUUGAGCAUAACUAGGAGACAACUAAUAAAAAGAAAACAUAGAUAUAAAACAAAUGGAUCUAACACUAGAUCAUACAUAUAAACAAAACUACUAACUACAAGUACUUAGUAGUUAAAGGCUUUUGAUUGUCUAUGUGCACUAUUUGUCUAUCAAAAACUCAAUGGUAUGCAGGUGCCGGCUGUGGAGGUGCGGCAACGUUGGCUGGGUCCGGCUCCAAAAGCAGUACAAACUUCUAGACAUUUAUUUAGACAAAAAGGCACUAUUGAAACUCGUAAUGGAUUGCUCUUUUAGCAAUCAUGCACAAUCAUUGUGAGAGCACAUGGAGUGAAUUGUACAAGGAAAUUUUUAUGAACUCGUGAGACACUGCCAAACAGAGCUGUUUGCCUUGUCUUUAUUUUCUCUUUUGAGUGGAGUCGGUUGACUCUUUUAAGGGAGGUUGCGUCUACUUCUUACAUUUUUUAGAGUACGGCAACAGAGAUGUUGCUUGUUGAUCGUCUAAACUCAGAAAAGGGCGGGGUUCCCUGUACUCGAAAGUCUUUCCAAAACACAUGUCGUUUAGAUACGCAUUAUAUCACUAAGCACUGCUGGUCUCUUAUAUUUAAAAUGUUGACAGUGUUGCAGUCAAAGAUAGAGUUAAAUAUAUUACAGAAAUAAAAAUAUUUUUAAUAGUUUUACAUGUUUGAAAUAUUUUUCGAAAAAAGAUCUUGCUCUUUUUAAUUCGUCUUCACAGUUGAGGUGUUCACACUUGAAGUUAAAUGAUAUUGUGACAUUUUUUUUUUAUAAAAAUGGCAAAUCGUACCUACAACACCAUCAUUAAUUUUAAUAUUGUUGACAACAAAAUUGUUACCAUGGAACCAUGUAAACCACAUUUUUAACAGCUGUAUUUGAACUGUUUAAAUCUUGCUUGAAUUUUGGGACACCCUUUAUUUUCACAUAAUUCCUAGUAUAUUACAACUUCGUAAAAACAUGAUAUUAUAAACUAUUCGAAUAUACGUAUUUAUUUUUAUUAACAAACGCACAAAUUUAUAUUUACUAUUAAGCAGAGAUACAAAAAUGUUGUAAGUUGCUUAUACUAUUGUUUAUUUAUAUUUGUGACUUUUCUUGUAUAUUUUACUGCUUAUAAAUACCUAUAUUAUUCGUAACUGUUGUUGAAAGUUAAAUAAAAUAAACAUGAGGAGGUGCACUUUUUAA